AAUGCAUUACUAAUCUUUGUUCAACAACGCUUAAAUCUCAAAUUUGCCGCUGCGCUAAUUACAGUUUCACUAAAUUGGUUUAACCACAAAUCAAAAUCUUUAUCUUCUCCAUAAACCAUGAACAUUACUGCAAUUCCGUCCACCUUCACUCCUCCUAACUCCUUAACAACAACAAUGGCCAUAAUAAUCUCAUCAACGAUCAUUGCUUUCCACUUACAGUUUCAUCCUACACGCUUCAACCAUGGACCAAGACACCUUGGUCGUGGAUUCUUCCUUCAUCCAACCCAUCCAGCACCGCCCCAAACUCUAUCCCUUCCAACCGGCCACCGACCAAGUCCCAACCAUAGAUCUCUCCAUCUCCCCCUCUCGCACCACCCAACACCUUGUCUCUGAAAUAGCCUCUGCCUGCCAGAACUGGGGUUUCUUCCAGGUAAUCAACCAUGGAGUUUCACUCGAGACGCUCGCGCGAUUCGAGAAAGCUGCCAAGUUAUUUUUUGACCAGACGAUGGAGGAGAAAAGGAAGGUGAAGAGAGAUGCAGGUAAUGCUGUGGGAUUUUAUGACGGUGAGAAUACGAAAAACGUUAGAGAUUGGAAGGAGGUCUUUGAUUUCUUGGUUAAGGAUGGGACGUUCUUUCCAGCUUCGCAUGAUCCAAAUGAUACGAAAUUGAAGGUAUUGUUUAAUCAUUGGCCGGAAUAUCCCCCUGGAUUUAGGGAAAUGUGCGAGGAGUAUGCCAGAGAGUUGGAAUUGCUAGCACAUAAGCUACUGAGGUUGAUUCUUUUGAGUCUAGGCUUAUCUGGUGCUGAUGGAUUGAAGGGCUAUUUCAAUGACGAGCAAAUGAGCUUGAUGAGGUUGAAUCGGUACCCUCCAUGUCCGUCUCCGGAUCUUGUGCUCGGCGUAGGCCGUCACAAAGAUUCUGGUGCCUUGACAAUCCUUGCUCAAGAUGCUGUUGGAGGGCUGCAAGUGAGGAGAAAAUCAGAUGGACAGUGGAUUCCUGUCAAACCAAUCCCAAAUGCCUAUAUCGUUAACAUUGGCGAUGUUGUUCAAGUUUGGAGCAAUGACAAAUAUGAAAGUGUGGAGCACAGAGUGGUGGUGAAUAGUGAGAAAGAAAGGUAUUCGUUUCCAUUUUUCUUCUUUCCAGCUCACCAUAUGAUGGUGAAGCCAUUGGAGGAGGUUGUGGAUGAGCAAAACCCACCAAAAUACAGAGAAUACAACUUCGGAAAGUUUAUUGCUUCGAGGAGCCACGGUAACGAGAACCAAGAAGUGGAAAACAUCCAAAUUCAUCAUUUCAGGGCCAGGCUGCAUCAAUAAUGUCAUCACACAUUAAUGCCUGUAUUGCUAUUUAUUUAUUAAUGCAUUUAGGGACCAUUUUGUCUUUAUAAUUCAGUGGCUGUAAGUUUGUAACGUCUAAUCUUUCUCUCCUCCAACAAAAAUAUCUCACAAUCAAUGUUCACCGCUUAUCUUACCAAA